AUGAUAAACAACACAACGUCCACCGCUGGUGAAACAUUUGUUCAUAACGACGAUUUCGGUGCAGCCGCAUUCAUUGUCGUUGUUCUGUUAUGGUAUGCAUCAAGUUUUGCAUUUUUAUUGAAAAUGCAAACAGGAACAUCGAUGGAUAUGUUUGAUACGACUAGAGCAUCUUCAAAAAAAGUUUUUGUGCAAAGUCUACGUGAUCAAACGAACAAUACUAAAAUACUAAAAGAACUUGUCGAUAAAGAAAAACGCGAUAAGUUAUGGGAUAUCUAUCUAGGUGAUUCUCAUGAUAGAAUUACACAAGCUGAAACGCGUCGAAUCCAAAAUAUUGAAAAACAAUUAGCAUCCAUUGAUCCAUAUCGUCGCGACAGUGUGCAGCAGAUUCUUGACGAUGAUUUUCGCGAGUAUUUAGAUUCAGACGCACGGUCAUCGGAUACGGAGGCGUCGUCGUUGAAUUUCCGCUUACGUACACGACGUCGAUCGUCGUUAGACUAUCAAAUUCUUCGACAAUGGAAAUCUUUAGCAGAAGAAUUAAAACCAAACGAAUACUGGCCAUGGGCAAUACAAAGACUCUUCAUCCGAAGACACCUUCGACGACAACGAUAUGUAACGGACACUGGUCUGAUGCCUUAG